AUGAAAAUAUUUCAAGCAUCGUUGAUAUGUUACGAUGGAGCGGAUUGUUUAAUAAAUGGAGACUGUGCCGAAUGCAGUGGCGUUGCGUGUAUUCGCCUACAAAGUUUCAAGAUAGAUCAUAAUCAUGCAGUCGCAUUUACUUGCCUUCCAUAUGCUACAAGGCCAUACCAACUGGAACCGUCCGGCUGCCAUGUAUCGCGUACCGGUGAUGGAGAAGUAUGCAUUUGCUAUGAGCAUGAUUAUUGUAAUAAUAUUCGCCAACCGAUUUCAAGAAGUAUUUUUCUGCUAAUGUUAUUCGCAUUAAUCUUUCCAUUCUUGUGA